UGAAGGUACUUACGUCAUAGAUGUAAUAGUACCACUAUUUCGAGCUACAUUAGAGGAUUUACCAAGUGGACAUAUUUGCUUAAGCACAGCUGAACGGCAGAGUUUAACAAGUAAAGCUCUGAAUAAAAGUUUACUUACGCGAGCAUUAGAACAAGCAAUUUCAAAUCCACCUCAAAAUGUCUAUCCAAGCCCUACCGUUUCCACACCAUCAUAUAAUAAUUAG